AUGUUUCCCGCCGCGCGCAUGAAUUCGGUUUUGACAGCGGCCGUGAUCGAUCAGCUCGGCAUCGAAGAAUUGCACAAAUUGCGACGCGUCAGCAAGGAGUUCAGGAGUGCCGUCGACGAACGCGGGCUGAUGCCACGAAAAGUGAAAUUUAUGAUGAUUGAUGCCCGUGUGCCGGAGAUGGAUGAAAUGGCGGCAAAGGAUGAGAAGAUUUGGUUGCACGAGACGAAUAUGCUGAUUGUGGAUCGCCAGAGUGGCAGUUUUACGGCGUGCAGCUAUCAAAAUACGAUUAGCAUCAACAGUGAAUCUGCGAGGGCAUUCAACGCGCCAUUCCACCGUUUUAUCAAGCUACUUCCACAAAUCCGCUCGAUCGAAGCGGUUGAAAUGAAUGUUUCGACAGAUUAUGAGCCGGUGGAUCAGCUGAAACAACUGCUCGACUGCACCGAUAUGUGGGAGACGUGGUGCGGACCGCCACUCCCAGCGCGCCGUCAAGAAAUUGCGUUUUCUAACGACGAAUGGUGUUUGAAGACCAUCUUACGACUGGCUGAGAUCGCUUUUUGCCUCACCCGUCCGUCACGCCCUGGGCUGUUGCAUCAAAUUUACAUUGACUUGGACAUGGACAAUUUCAACGCGGACGCCGAGUUGGUACAUUUCAUUGUGGCUUUCGAAUUGGAGGAGAUGACCGAGUCGAUGGCGGCAACGGAUGUCGCUGGAGCUUUCUGGAUUUUCGACAAA